AUGAAGGCCUUUCGCUCUUUCUUGGGCUCCUCGUCGCUGUGUCUCGCUCUUUUCCUGAGCGGACUUGCUGUGCGCCAAGCUCCGGGAGGACUGCGAGGCGGGAAGCUGGCGGGCGUCGCGGCGUUAGGAAGCGCUGAAACAAACGUAGAAAAGACCGCGUCUGCCGAGCACGAAGCCACAGAAACAAUCUUGAACAUCCUUUCCUCUACAGAACGCAGACUUAACCCCGAGGGCGACAAGACUGCCGCGUCACCCUCCAACUUGGUGUUGGCCGCCGCCGCACGCCGUCUUCGCGGAACUACGACGCCCGAGACCUCGGAGACUUUCUCCGGAGUGUCCUCGCCUUCCUCGCUCGACUCGCAUUUUGCUUCAUUCCACGCCACUUCCUCUCCCGUCCGCUUCACAAAGGAAUCGAAGAAGCGACUGCACGCAGAUGGAAAGGCAACAGCGCCUUCAGCGCCUCCGGCUGCCCAUGCUUCGGCUUCAGCCUCCCGCGCGGAUCCAACUCUCAUCCCUGUGGGCCUCUCCACUCUCCUCAGCCCUCUGUUUCCGGACCCCAACGCCCUGGUCGCUUCGCUUUCUCGCUCCGCAAGUCCGCUGACGACUGCCGUCGACACGCUGGGCAACCCGUUGGCAUUGAUCAACGGCUUCUCGUCUGUCGCAGGCAGCGGCGCAACAAGUUUGAACGAUCUCUCGGCGCUCCUCCGCUCCCGCGGCGUGCCUGCGCCAGACUUAGCUGCCCUGGCGCAAGGCGCCCUCACCUCCGUCGGUCUGACGCCGGCGCUCAUCGGCUCCGCCACGCGCGCGAGCGAGGAGACCGCCGGCGUCGCGGCCCCCGAGGGCUUGUUGAACCCCAACGGGAACUCGCUGCUAGAGAGCGUCCUUGGCGGCGGAAACGGAGCGCUGGGAAAUCUCGGCGGAGACCUGCUCGGUGGCCUCAACGACGGAAAUGGAAACGGCGGCUUGCUCGGCGGCCUUGCCGGCAAUCUGCUGGGGAACGGCGGCGGUUUGGGCGGCGGCCUCUUUGGCGGGAAUGACAGCCGAGAAGACCGAUUCGACGCGCUGGGCUCGUCGCCCAGCCGACCAACUGGAAACGGGCUCUUUGGCACCAAGAAGAAGUGCUGCUCCGAGUGCAAGCGCGGCGACCUAGACUGCCUCGCGGACUGCGAAAAAGGCAACUGCACGCAAUCUUCCACAUGCGAGGCAGCUGAAGAGGGGGCGUAUGCGGCGUACUGCCAGGAGCGUUGCGGCUCUUCGCUUGGCGGGUUCGCAGCUCCCCGACCCCUCGCACCCGGGAACUGCCGCAGCAGCUGCGCGGCUGGCGUGGCCCUGCGGUGCCAAAAACGCAUGUGCAAGGACUACGGAUGCACCGACACCACCUGCGCACGCAAGGCGCCUCUCAUGUGCGGCUGA